AUGGAAGUCACCAAGAAGGUGGGGGGCCCUGAUCCAUCGGGCCCCCAGGGCCACCCCUCAGCCAGCAGCCAGCAGCUGGGGGGUGGCCUCAGAGAGUCCCAGGGACCUUUGAUAAACUCAGGGUCCAGAUACUUCAGGCAGGGGUUGCCAUUGUCCACUGAGGCCAUGACUGAUGGGGCUUGUGGCCCAGCCUCCCAGGCCCACAUCCCUGAGCCCAUUCACCAGCUACCCCAGGACCCUGCUGAGGUUAGCUCUCACUGUGGCUAUGAGUGGGCCUCCCAGGAUGCCCCAAGACUCUCCUCCACUAGCCUGUUUCCAAGCCCCACCACGGAAGCCCAAGUGCGUCUCGUCAUGGAUAAUGAGACCCUGGCCCUACCCUUGUUCACGCGCGGUGACAGCACCAGGGACAUGGUCCAGCACGGAUGCCGCUCCUGGUUUCAGGUGCAGGUUGCGAGGGAGAGCAAGGCUCCCGCGAAAGUCCUGGUAGGCUGGGGCAAAGGUCCCUGCAAGCCUGACCAGAAAACUCCCUUGGGCAUUAGGAAGAGCCAGUGGCUACCCGGCCUCGUUUCAGCAGAGGAUGGCUCAGCUGUAGCCCAAGGUCCUUUUCUGGCUCCAGCCCAAGAUCAGGGCCAGGGCAAAUGCCUGUAUCCAGCUCAGGCUCCUCCAACUCCACCUGAGACAAAUACUCCAGCUCUGGAUCCGAUACCAAUGCCAGCAGAGGUUGAACCUUACACCUGCAACCCCGACCACUUGACUGAAAGCACUGCCAUCACCAAGAGCUUGUCCCAUGAUGACCUGCUCAAGACGUGUGGCAACCAAUGCCAGGACGAAAUGAAUUUCUGUUCUCAGGAGGAGCCUCCCACCCCAGCAGCCACUGCGAAAGAGUCCCCAGACCAUGCCCAGGAGCUUGAGGUUGCCAGAAAGCAGGUGGGACCCGAGCAGCCUGAAAACCCAGCAGAGAAACCCCUCAUCCAAACCUCCAGGCCAGGCAACCCCACAGCAGUCUCAGGAACCCCGGGUACUCCCAAGUCCCUGAAGAGCAGCCAUAUCCACUGCUCUCAGCCAGUGCAGCAGCCCCUUAAUGUUCGUGACAACACCUGCUCCAGUGUGCCACUCUCUGCUGACCAAGUAAUCGGCCACACGCAGUGCCCAGUCCAGGCUCCUAGGGAAGCCAUGCAGAGCGCCCCUUCUGGUGCCCCUACUUGCCAGCUCUGGGACACUCAGGAAGACCACGUGCUGGUGUUUGAUAUGGCCACGGGCAACACCAGGAUGGGGCUGAUGUGCCAUGACCCCAUGGGCUCACGGGCAGUUCUGGUGGGCCUCAUGCCCAACCACCCAUCCAUCCAUGCUUCUGAAAAUAUGCAGUCCAUUCGGCCAUUGGCAACACCCGUUUUCUCCCCUGACAGAAAUCGCUCCAGCUUUUGGUCCACCUCAGCCAUGCUGUCCAGCCCCGUGCCCUCUAGCCUCUCAUCUGGCAGCUACCGAGAGGUGGCCUUGGUUCCCAAGGAGGCUAGGCUCAACCUGGAGUCACAAGUCACCCCUGGUACUGAGUCACCCAUCAGGCGGGGGAUGCUCACUAGGCCUGUUCCAUUGGGGAUGCCCCUCCAACUCGGUGAGAGGACAAUAAGCCAUGUCCAUCAUCCUGGCUGGUCCAAACCUGAUGCUGAAAAUGAUGAAUUUAGUCGCACCAUCUGGAUGCUGGAUGCCUCUGGGAUGCCGGACACUCCAACGGUCCAGGCCAAGCAACCACAGUGGAUGAAUGCAGAGCAGACUCAUGAGCCUCUUCCUUCAGCCAAACCCCAGGAGGCACCCAGAGCCCUGCCCCAGGGGGGUAUAGGCAGGCGCAACCAGAAAGAGGUCAUUACUGCUCACCUUGACAACCCUCUGGCUGAAGGUGCUGGGCAGGCCCACCUUCAUGGUUGGCCCCCACUAGCUGAGCAGCACCCCCUUGCUAGACAGCCCCCUCCAACUGGUCAGCCCCCCUCUUCUGAGCAGUGGCCCUUUCUCAGGCAGACCCACCUUUCUGGAUACCUAUGCCUAGCUGAGCAGCCCCCCUCUACCAAGCAGCCUCCCCUUCCUGGUCAGCCCCCUCUCCCUGGAGCCCCUCUUGCCAGGCAGCUUUCUUUCACUGGGCAGCCUCUCUUUCCCCAAGAACCCCCCAUCUCCAAAGAGCCCAUCCUUUCAAGAGGCCCCACCACCACCACCAGGAAGCCUGGCCAGGCCUCUGUCCCACGCCAGAAAGGUGAGCCCUUGCGUCCGCCCACCCAUGUGGGGGUACUUCGGGGGUCCCUGGCUCCCAGAAAGACCUGCGUCUAUGUGAGCAGUGAAAAGGUGGGCACCGGUGCUGCUACUAGCUCCAGCACACAUCGGCUCUCAUCCUGGCAACCUGGCAGCUCUCAUAGGGCCCAAGAGGAGCAGCUCCCUCUGAUCACAUUCACCACGCCUGGCACUGGCUGCAAGGUCCUGCCCAUGGCCAUGGUGAGCACCGAGCCCCAGAGUUCUCAGUUCAAGCUGACAGCUAAAGACAUUCCAGGCUCAUCAAUGGUCACACACCUUGACCUGGUUCGCGGGGCCUGCUAUGAGCUGGUGCCCACCAAGGAUGAUCUGCCAGUACAGUCCCCAGUGCUCUGUCGCCACUCGCUGGGCCCCUACCAGAACAUGACGGCUGUGGUGAUUGACACAGGCACGGGCUUCACCAAGUGUGGACUGGCUGGAGAGGACCACGUCCUCAGCGUGGUGCCCUCACGUGUCCAGCUGCUGCAGCAGUCAGUCCAGGGCCAGCCCAGGUAUGUGGUUCCCGAGAACCUAGAGGGCUCCUGCUCGGUGCUGAAUCGAGGAGUAGUCUCUGACUGGGAUGCACUGGAGGUGCUGUGGCAGCAUCUGUUCUAUUGCAGCCUGGGCAUGCAGCCCGAGGAGCUGGCAGUGCUUGUGGCCGACUCACCCAUCUCACCGCGUACCAACCGAGAAAAGGUGGCUGAAAUACUCUUUGAGUGUUUCCACGUGCCAGCCAUGCAGACAGUGCAUCAGGCCCUGCUGGCACUCUAUGCUUACGGGCGCACCACUGGGCUGGUGCUGGGCAGCGGCCAUGGCACCUCCUAUGUGGCACCCAUCCUCACUGGGGAUCUAGCCCCACUUGACACCUACCGGCUGGAUGUGGCCGGUGCUGAUCUCACCGAAUACCUGGCUCAGCUCUUGCUGGCAGGAGGCCACUCACCGCCCAAGGCAAGCCUGGUCAACCAGAUUAAAGAGGCCUGCUGCUACGUGACCAGGGAUAUGGCAACCGAGAUGGCCCACGCUGAGACCCAGGCCCGGGUAGACUUUGUGCUUCCAGACAAGCAGGUCAUCAAGCUAGGCUCUGAGCGCUUCCGCUGCCCUGAGGCCCUCUUCCAGCCCAAUCUGCUAGGCCUCAACCAGCCAGGCCUCCCACAAUUAGCCCUCCUAAGCAUCAGCCGGCUGGAGGCCAAGCAGCAGGAGCAGCUGCUGGCCAACGUGGUGCUGGAUGGUGGCAGCACCCUGGUGAGUGGCUUUCCUGAGCGUCUGAGACAGGAGCUGGGCCCCUGUGCCACUGUGCUGGCCUCUCCCCACCGUGCUGUUGCCGCUUGGCUUGGAGGCUCCAUCAUGGUGUCCCGGGAUUCCUUCCAGAGCCUAUGGCUCAGCCGCCGUGAGUACGAGGAGGAAGGCCCAUGGGCCAUCUACAAGUACCAUCUGUGA